GGCGAAAAUCCACUCCCUAAUUCACAUUUGUGUGUGACACAAGAGACCAAGUUCGACAAACAUGAGAAAUAUGGGAAAUUAUUCACGAUGUUUUAUCAUUCUGAUUGCUAUAAAAUUUUGUUUCUACAAAGGUGUUGACACUUGUUCUCUUAGUCCAGUGUAUGAGUAUGAACUAAAAGGUCACAUUAUACUCGAACUUUACCAGAACAACAGUAGGUGGUAUAACAUGUCUGUCUGGGGAGGUCAUGUCCAGAUACCAUGGAUUGGAAACGUUGAUGAGCACUGUCCGUAUCGAGCUGCUGUGCAGUAUUACUUAUCAUUAUCAGAACAACACAUAAGCAUAGACGAAAUUGGAGAUCAAGUUCAGAGAGUAGACGCUUGCAUUCACAAUCAGACAGACGCUUGUUUAAUGAACGUAACAGUUGAGAUGAGGACGUGUGACGGUUUCUUAUUUUACAAAUUUCCCUACAUUGAGAGUUUAGAUAAAGAAUAUGUUAGCUAUACGAACAUAUGUCCAG